CUUGCUUGUUUUAAAGUGACUAGUCUCAGGAAAGAGAAGUCAAUUACAUUGAGAUUAUUUUAAAUGCUUUAUAUUAUUUUUCAGUAACUCCCAUUCGUUCAUCCAGCCAGAUGUCACUUAUCAGUCUAAUUAGUGUGUGAGGCGUGUUUUCAUUGUUUUAGAUUUUAUUUUACGUCUAUUAUAAUAAUACGCGUAAUAAAAACUAGUCCGGGACAGGGAUAAAUAAUAAUUUAAUCUGAUUUCUGCUUGUAACUUAAAGAUUGGGAUCAAAACAUGCUUUUUCCCAGUAACCAUAGAGUAGAGCUAAGCAAACAUGGCGGAGGAGCAGGCGUGCCUUGUGCGCACGCGCUCCGACUCUGAAACCUCCUCGAAACUCAGCUUCGGAGCUAUACCUCGCACGAUGACAUACACUGAACAUAGAGUUGGCCCAGAGGGCAGCGGCGAGCCCAACAACUCAACAAACAUGGCGGCCAGCCCCCCCGAACACAACGCGGACGGCAGCAACGAGAGCGGGGAACUGUUGGACUACAACGACGCUAGUGUGCUGGAGCAGUUCCAUGAAGAUGCACUGAGACAGGCGGGGUGCGGUUUGUCCCAAGCCCGCGUGGUGCUCGCCUGCGGCCUGGCUAUGAUGGGCGCCUCUCUGGAGCUGGCAGCCAUCCCGUUCAUACUGCCAUCGGCUGAGAUGGAACUGUGCAUACUUCCCCACGAGAAGAACUGGCUUGUGCUAAUAAGCCUGGUGGGAGUAUCGCUUGGUUCUGUCGGCUGGGGCGUUCUCUCUGAGCGGCUUGGACGACGUAGAACUCUGCUGUCGUGUCUCGCUGUCAACGCAGUGUUCGCCGCUAUAGCCGCCUUUAUGCCCACUUACGGCACUUUCAUGAUGGCCAGAUUCUGCUCAGCCAUUGGCUCCGGCGGCAUAGUGCCAACCACUUACACCUACACGGCCGAGACUAGCGGCAAACCGCGGCGCCACCUGGCCCUGGCGAUGGUGUUGCUGUGCGGCGGCGCGGGCGCCUGCCUCGCGCACGCUUUAGCGAACGCUGUGCUCCCGCUGACUGGCGCCAGCACACUGAUUGAGAACAAGGAGCAUUUCAGCGCGUGGCAUAGGUAUUUACUACUAUGCACGUUGCCCAUCCUGGCUUCCCUCGUCAGCCUGAUAUGGACGCAGGAGUCGCCGAGGUUCCUGUUGGACGUCGGGAGGGAGGUGGACGCCAUGAUGGUGUAUCAGAGCAUCCACAGCGGCAACCAAUUCCAAUUAUGUGGUAAACGCGCCUCCGCCGAGCCCUACAGGGCUUCGGAGCUCGCCCUUCCCGGCAAGAGGCGGCCGCCCGCGCUACACCACGUCAGGCACAGCGUCAAAAUGUUUUGGCAGUCGUUUUUCCAACUGUUCUCGAACCCUUACAGAAAUACCACGCUCACUUUAGGCGGUGUCAUGUUAUUCACCUUAGCUAUACAGUUCUACCUGUCAUCCUACGUGCCGUCAACGGUUCUCAACAUGGAGCACGCCGAAUUCGAAGCUUCGAAAGUUAUAAUCUACAGCACCACACUGACGAACGAACAUUACAAUCGUACGCUGGAGAACGUGGAGUUCAACAAUGUCACGUUUAAGAGUUGCGCGUUCAGGGACGCGUUGAUGUCUCACGUCGCGUUCAAGAACUGUUCGUUCGAGAGCGUUGCGUUUUUGAACAUAAAAACCUCGUACACGACGUUUGAAGGAUGCUACUUCUAUAAUACCACCAUCAUCGACACGGACAUGGAGCUGGGCCGGGAGCUGGACGCGCGGUGCGUGCUGAACGCGAGCACCAUCCGCGGCAUGCAGGCGGGCUGCGCGCGGCGCGCCGACCUGCGCGCGCGCCUGCGCGGGCUGCUGGCCGAGCACGCCGCCGCCGCGCGCGCCGCGCUGCUGGCCGCCGCCGCCGCCGCGCUGCCCCCCAAACUCAGGCCUUUGACUCCACAAUGCGCCGCACUCAUCAUUCUAUCGCCGGCCGUAUACUUCGCCAGAACAGAACACAUCCUGUAUAUACUGGAAGCUGCGUACAGGAUGUUCCUGACGCUCAUCUUCUUCACUGUGGGCGUCAACGUGGUGGACUCGUACCCAGCCAAUUUGAGGUGCACAGCACACGGUCUGAUACUGUCGGUAGCUUACAUGGGAGCGGCAGUCGUGCGCGGAGCAGGGAACGCCGGCCCCGCCGCCAGCUGCCUGCUCUGUGCAUUGCUGUCUGUGGCCGCCACGGUGUUGGCUAUACGGAGAUAAUUAUUAACGGUGAAAUCACAGCGACGAUCCCAACACGCGACAGACUUGCCAUUUGUACGUAUACCAAAGCUAUUGACUGAUUGGUCAAAUAAUUGUAUGAUUCGAUACUCAGAAAUAAAUUAAAAAAAAAAACAUAUCUAGUGUAUGCAAGGUCAACACAAAUAUUUUAAGGUUAUUGGAUACUGAACGACUAUUUUUGUUAAUGGAACAAUAUUGAACAUUGAAUUUCUCGCCAUUUUAAUACUGUUUCUCAGUGUUUCUCGCCAAUCCGGUUCUGGAAUUUAGUGGGUCUCGUCUUUUCAUUACUGUCACUAAGUAAUUCCCGCCAUUUUAAGUACUUUUAUAAUGGUUUGUGGUACCAUUUUGGUACAGUAAUUUAGUAUUUCUUCAAGGCAACGGUCACCAAACCUAGAGUGUUCUAGGUGAAUUCUGUAUCAUUUACUAUUUAACUAAUUUAUAUAUAUAUUAGGGGACAUAAUUUUUCAAUUCAAUUAAUUCACAUUUGCCUUCCGUACCGCUGAAUUUAAGUUUGACAAUACACAGAGAGUUAUGUAUUUAAUUUAAGAAGAUUUUUUGGUAUCUUUAUUUUUUAUUUUACCGACUUAAAAAAAGGAGGAAGUUGAUUAGAGGAGGUGGUACGCUUUUAGCAAAAGCUAUAUUAUUCACUUUGUUAGUUGAAGAAUGUUUUAAUAGGAAUCAACAGCACUUGAAACAUCACAAAUAGGUAAUUACAAAACCUGACCCCAGAUUCUUAUUUCAUAGGUUUAACUUUAACCUGAUAGCGGAGAAACUUAACUUCAAUUGAAUCUAACCUUAAAUUAUUUGUUCCUAAUUUGAGCUGACCUUGUAAUAUAUUGCAGAUUUUUGUAACUAAAAUGUUAUAUAUGACAAUCUACUAUUUGUUUUUAAUAUUAAUACAUGCAUAAAAUUAUAAAUUAAUUAUAAUGGAAACUGCAAUAAAAAGUAAUCAAUUUUUUAAUGGAAAAUUACGAGUAGAUUAAACAAAAUAAACAAAUAUAUUCCCAGUAAUAACAAAAAAGGCUGUAACAAAAGCGAUAAUACAUUUGUCUAAAUGUAGAUCAGAAGGCUGAACAUAUCUGAAGGAAAGACAAAACGGUUGUUAUUAUAAUAAUUGUAUGUUAUUUGUAAAGAAAAAAAAUAGGUGUUUAACAUAGAUGUGACGUUUUUGUAUGACUUGUAGUGCCAUUCCAAAUAUAUGUCGUACAAGGGUUUUGAACUCUUUUGGGAAAAAAACAUACUUACAUAUAUGUAUAUGUAAUCACGUCUUUAUCCCUUACAGAAUAAGUCUUGCUGAAAAUUCACGUUAAAUUUUAGGGCCUUAACCUGCCUACCCUCAUGAGGAACAGGCGUGAUUGUAUGUAAGUAUAUUGUCAUCUACAAAAACUUCGAAUGUUCUAGAAUUUCGCAAUGUUUUCAAAAGAGUUUAAAACCCACAAUAUCCCAGUAAUAUUAUGAAUAUAGGACUAUCCGAUCGAACCUACGUAAAAAUCUAUACAUAAUUGUAACCGGACUUCACUAAGGUUGUAAAUAAAUUAGACGUGAUUUUCAAUUUACUAGCGGUAUGACUGAUAUUUCUGGUCGAGUGAUAUUUCUCUUGACAAUUACGAUGUACAUUUAGAAAAGUAUUUAUUGUGUUGAUCCUACGAUCAACUAUCAUAGAUGAGAGCAAAAAACAAAUGAAAUAACAUCAGCAAUUUUAUUUGAAAAAUAUAUAAGAGUACCAUUCAAAAAUGGAUCGUAAUGUGUUGGAAUAAAGCGCAUACUCCUUAAAUAUGUAAUAUAUAUGACGAUUUUGUGCUUUAUUGUAAUAAGUUAUGAUACAUUUUCGGACGGCCGGACGAAUUUGUUACGCACUCUCGCUCGCUCUCUCACUCACACUCCACUCCAGAAAGGUGAGGAUGUAACCUGAAUCAACGUCAGAAAUAAUAAUUUAUGUACAUUGUAACUGUCAAAGACUUUACCGCACGAGUUUUUUACUUCGACGAUUGAUUUUAAACAGGACGGAACUAUGUUCUUGUAGUAAGUGUGACAGAGAUGGAAUCUAUGUAUAAAUUUGAUAGCUGUCUUGUAAAUCAAGCUAUGUUUGACAGAGUACGUAUUGUUAAGUAGUGUUGCCAUAUCCCGAGUGAUAUAAUUAGAGACUGCUAUUAUAUUUUCCUUCUAUGAUUAAAAUAUUUUUUUUUCAUUAUAUAUUAUAUACCCUGUGAGGUGAAUGUGUGUCGGAAAGCAUAGUUUUGAUGUUGCAAUGCGUUAUGGAUUAUUUUGAAUAUAUAUAUUUAAUAUUCUAUGGUCUUAAAAAUAAAAUGUCAUUUACAAAUUUUCAAUUAUUAAUGUACAAUAAAAUUAUGAAUAUACAACGGAAUUAUUUAAUUUACAGUAGAACUGGGAAUUAAAAUGUAGCUUACUUCAUGUAAAAAUUGCAUUGAUUAAAAAAUGAAAUAAUCCUAAUACGAAUGAUUUACCUGAUAUGACUAAGAGUUUUCAACAAUAUUUUUGUAAUGCUUACAAAAUACAUUAUUUGUAUAGGGAGUAUAAGUUUCAUAAAAAGCUAAAUCAGAAAUUAAUGGUGCGUUGCAGCAGUCUCAAAAUAUGUUUAUUCAUACAUUGCUCGCCAUUAUUUUAUGUUGUAGAUAAAAUUUGCCAUAUUAAAGCCUUUAUUUUUAAUGUAUAGACGAAUUAAAUCAUUAUUCUUUUUAUAUGAUACUCAAUUUUAUGCAUAGUCGUGAAAUAUUUAGUUCUUUAUGGUAUUUUAUUUUAUUGUGUACUGUAGUUAAUGCCAUGUAUAACCACUAGUCAAGAUUUAUUAUUUUGAGUUAAUAUCGUAUGCGCGUUAUUGUGACAGAAAACUGUAAAUGAAAUCAUGCAAUAAAAAAAUAUUUACUUUAUCACAGUGUACACAAUUAAACUGCUGACUAAUUGUAAAACUACAAUUUUAAGUUUCCGACCGCAAUACCGCGCAUCGAUCUCAAUAAAAACCUAUUUUAUUGGUUGUAUAUUUAACACAUAUCUCGAGAUAUUUCAUCUUAGACUGAGUAAACAUAAAUACUAUUUAGUUCUUAUUGGAGUUAUUUUUAUUUAGAUAAAAUUUAUUAAACGUAAUUGAACGAAUUUUUUUAUAGUUAACAUGUCAUGCAUUCAUUGUAACUUCGAGUUUGAAGGUUUUACGAGUUAAUUUAAGCGUAACGCGCGGGGCGUGUGUCGUCGAUUUUCUAAACACGCAAGGCGUGUUUGGUAGUAGCUGGGGUGAACAAGGUCAAGGCUCAUGAUCAGGAUGUGAAGAUCUGCAUAUUCAAGCAAGAGUUUUGCUUGAAUAUGCAGUCUCGACCGAGUUAAACAAAUAAUCUGUGUUGUUCGUGGCAAUUUCGCGAAUUUAAUUUUUAUUGCUCUUCUACUGGGUAGUUGGCGGACAAUCAUUUAGUAACACAAGAAAAUAAAGACCAUGAUGAGCAGACUAAAACACGCUAAGUGUGUGAUAGAAAAAGUCGAAACACGCCUAGCGCGUAAAUUCAUAUUUGAAUUAUUUCUUUAAUUCUAUGGAUUCUGCAAUGAUGAAGUGAAGGAAAUCUUUGUAUAUUUGUUUGGUGUGUUUGGAUAAAAAUAUGAGCUAAUUUUUAUUAAUAAAAUUUGUCGGUAAUAAAAUAGAAGUGGUAAGAAUUAGCAAGGAUAGACUGACUCGUAUUUGGAUUAUGUAAAUAUAGUAAGAAAUAAAUAUGUUGAUAUUUGCAAUA